AUGGAUUACAGAGUCCCUGGUGCUGUCAGCAAUGGCGAGACGGUGCCUGCACACCCUGGCCUGGAAAAGGAGACGGAAGAGGAUGACCAAACCCUGGAGCGAGGGCAGUGGAACAACAAGCUGGAAUAUGUCCUGUCUGUGGCUGGGGAGAUCGUUGGCCUAGGAAACGUCUGGCGCUUCCCCUACCUCUGCUACAAGAACGGUGGAGGUGCCUUCUUCAUCCCCUACCUCAUCUUCCUCUUCACCUGCGGGAUCCCUGUCUUUCUCCUGGAGACAGCGCUGGGGCAGUACACCAGCCAGGGAGGAGUGACAGCCUGGCGCAGGAUCUGUCCCCUCUUUGAAGGAAUUGGCUACGCCUCACAGGUCAUCGUCAUACUGCUGAACUUCUACUACAUCAUUGUCCUGGCCUGGGCCUUGUUUUAUCUCUUCAGUUCAUUCACUAUUGACCUCCCCUGGGGCAGCUGCGACCACGAAUGGAAUACAGGGAACUGCAUGGAGCUCCAGAAGGCAAACUCAACGCUCAACGUGACCAGUGAAAAUGCAACAUCCCCUGUCAUUGAGUUCUGGGAGAGGAGAGUGCUAAAGAUUUCCGAUGGCAUCCAGCACCUGGGCAGCCUGCGCUGGGAGCUGGCUCUCUGUCUCUUGCUGGCAUGGAUCAUCUGUUACUUCUGCAUUUGGAAAGGGGUCAAGUCCACAGGCAAGGUGGUGUAUUUCACGGCCACAUUCCCAUACAUCAUGCUGAUUGUUCUGCUGAUCAGGGGAGUCUCCCUGCCUGGGGCAUCCCAGGGAAUCCUGUUUUACCUUUAUCCAGACCUCAGUCGCCUUGGGGAUCCCCAGGUCUGGAUGGAUGCAGGCACUCAAAUCUUCUUCUCGUAUGCAAUUUGUCUGGGAUGCCUGACAGCUCUGGGCAGCUAUAACAAAUACCAUAACAACUGCUACAGGGACUGCGUGGCCCUCUGCUUCCUCAACAGCGGCACCAGCUUCGUGGCCGGAUUUGCCAUCUUUUCCAUCCUGGGCUUCAUGGCAGGGGAGCAGGGCGUCCCCAUUGCCGAGGUGGCCGAGUCAGGACCUGGCCUGGCCUUCAUUGCCUACCCUCGGGCUGUGGUCAUGCUGCCCUUCUCCCCACUCUGGGCAUGCUUCUUCUUCCUGAUGGUUGUUUUGCUGGGACUGGACAGCCAGUUUGUCUGCGUGGAGAGCCUCGUCACAGCUCUUGUGGACAUGUACCCCACCAUCUUCCGUAAGAAGAACCGCCGGGAGACCCUUAUCCUGCUGGUCUCAGUCCUCUCCUAUCUGGUUGGGUUGUUGAUGCUCACAGAGGGUGGGAUGUAUGUCUUCCAGCUCUUUGAUUACUAUGCUGCCAGUGGCAUGUGCCUGCUCUUUGUGGCCAUCUUCGAGACUCUCUGCGUCGCCUGGGUCUAUGGUGCCGAGCGUUUCUACAAUAACAUUGAAGAUAUGAUCGGCUAUCGGCCAUGGUCUGUCAUCAAAUACUGCUGGCUUUUCAUCACCCCAGCGGUUUGCACGGCAACCUUCCUGUUUUCUCUGAUUAAAUACACCCCGCUGACCUACAACAAGAAGUAUGUGUACCCAUGGUGGGGAGACACCCUGGGGUGGCUGCUGGCCCUCUCCUCCAUGGUGUGCAUCCCUCUCUGGAUCGUCUACAAACUCUCCACCAUCAAAGGCUCCCUCAGAGAGAGGUUCCGCCAACUCACCUGCCCACUUGAGGACUUGCCUUCCAUGCCAGACACAGGACAGCCCCUUCCCCCCACCAGAGCUGGCCUCCUGAUGCUGACAGAGCUUGAAUCUCAUUGCUAGGACAAGUGUGGCUCUCCCUCCCCUCAGGAUGGUUUCUAUACAGCUUUUACCACCUGUUGGAUAACUCGAGGAUUCUUCACUUGCCAAGGA